CUCAUAUGGAUCUGUUCUUGACUGCCCUCCAUUUCGCUGUCUUCAUUCUCAUGUUUGUUCUCACAACUCUCUUCUUCCGUUUUCCUCUCUCUGUCUGUUCUGACUUCUGUUCUCUCUCACUCUAUGUUUACCCACAUUUUCUGCACUCUGUUCCUUAUCUUCUCCUUCGCCCACAACCUGACACACCACAACAACCUCUCCUCCUUUCCUUCCCCUCUCUCGCCUGCCUUGCUCUGUCUAUCGAUCAAUGUCCUCUUUGUAGUCCCACUGCUCUUCACUCUUCUGUCCAUUUCCGAACGUUUCAGCUCACACUUUGGCGUUGUUGAGUCCGGCUAAACUGGUGCGCAUGCGCAUUUUCGGGUUAUCGCCACGUGCGUCUGCUUACCUCUCGACCGAGUAUGGAUUCUUCCACUGGCUCUGUGUGCCCUGGUAAUGGCACAGAAGAGACCAGAGAAGAAUCCAAGGUUGAGGGUGAGUGUGAAUUUGUGGAUAGUUCUGAGAGUGAGUGUGAUGAUGAUGUUGAGGGUGAGUCAGGGAGUAGUUGGGAGAGUGAGUCCAAUGACAACGACUCACUCUAUAUUCCCACACCUAUUCGUGAA